GAGGACGCGGCCGGCGCGCGUGCGCGCUCCCUCGGUGCAGCUAGUCUGCGUGCGUGAGUGGGAGGUGGCAGGCCUCCGGCUCCGGCCUUCGCCGCCGACCGUCCCAGCGCUACGUCUCCGGCCAUGAACCGGUUUGGUACCCGGUUGGUGGGAGCCAUGGCGACCCCGUCGCCGCCAGCCAAAGUCCGCAGCAACGAGAACCUCGACAAAAUUGAUAUGUCUUUGGAUGAUAUCAUCAAAUUGAAUCGAAAGGAAGGAAAGAAGCAGAAUUUCCCAAGACUAAAUAGAAGACUCCAGCAGAGUGGUGCUCGACAAUUCAGAAUGAGAGUACGGUGGGGAAUACAACAGAAUUCUGGUUUUGGUAAGUCCAGCCUGAGCCGAAGAGGAAGAUUAAUGCCUGGAAAGAGACGUCCUUAUGGAGUUAUCACUGGACUUGCAGCUAGAAAAGCAACUGGACUUCGAAAAGGAGUUAGUCCUAUGAAUCGUCCACCACUAAGUGACAAGAAUAUAGAACGAUAUUUUCCGGUGUUAAAAAGGAAGGCAAACCUUCUGAGACAAAAUGAAAUGCAGAGGAAACCCGUUGCAGUUCUCAAGAGACCUAACCAGUUAAACAGAAAAAGUAACAUUCCAGCUAAUUUUACCAGGAGUGGAAAUAAAUUAAGCCAUCAGAAAGAUACUCGUCAGGCAACUUUCCUUUUCAGAAGAGGCCUGAAGGUUCAGGCCCAGUUGAACACAGAACAACUGCUAGACGAUGUAGUAGCAAAGAGAACUCGUCAAUGGCGGACUUCUACCACUAACGGGGGAAUUUUGACUGUAUCUAUUGACAAUCCUGGAGCAGUGCAAUGCCCAGUAACCCAGAAACCACGAUUAACUCGUACUGCUGUACCCUCAUUCUUGACAAAACGAGAGCAAUCUGAUGUAAAGAAAAUUCCUAAGGGUGUCCCCCUACAAUUUGACAUAAACAGUGUUGGAAAACAGACAGGGAUGACCUUGAAUGAGCGGUUUGGAAUCCUGAAGGAACAAAGAGCCACCCUCACGUUCAACAAAGGAGGAAGCCGCUUUGUAACUGUGGGAUAGAUCCCGUGUCAAAGGAACUGUGGAGUGAUGACUGUGUUUGAAAAGUUGAAUUGCUUGAAGAGUUCAUUACAGAAGUUCGAGAAACUUACUUCAGAAAAUUCAGAAGAUUAAAUAACUUUUAUUUUUAUUUUUUAGGUUUUUUUUAAACAUGUAUAAAAUAAUGCCCAGAAAGAAUAACAGGGAAUAUAUCCAUCUGUUCUUAAAGAUUUCAUGGUUGGCCUAGAAAGAACAAGUCUUUGUUCACUUCUUUGGUUCCUCAUGCAGCAGAAGGAAGACAGAAAGAUCAAAAUUGACUAUUUUUAUGAAAGUGGUAUUUAGGAUCUCAUCACCUUUGCCCAUUUUUUAGGCUUUCCCAUGGUAAAUCUUAGUCUUCAGAAAUAUAAGUAGUCUCUUUGUUGCUAUCAUUUACCCUUUAAUAGUGUUGAUGUAGUAAGUACAGUUGUCUCUUCUUCCUUAAGAGGAAAAUAUUUGAAUUCGAUUUUUGAAUUUUAAGAUUUAUAGGAGUAUCUGGAACUUUGCUCAUUUUUCAGAUAGUACUAGGUUAACUCCCCAGAAUUUUAAGUCUUCAGUGCUGAACUUUUAAUGAGAAAUGGGACUCUUGGCAUUAGUCUCAGUUUAAAAUAUUGGUGUUUAAAGGCUACAGAUGCAUAAUUAGAAAGUUAGCUUCAUAGGGCCUUGGAAGAGAGAGUCUGAUGUAAUAUUUUCAUAGUUCAUAUGUAGUAGAUGAAGAAAGAAUGAGAAGUAGCAGCAAGUUGAAAGAUAACUAUGGUGAAAAAUCUCAAAAUCCAGGUAAUAGAUAUACUAUACUGUUGGCUUAGUGUAGUCUUGAGUCUAGUGUCCACAAAGAAUUCUUUAAAUAUUAUUUAGGAGAGUUAGAAUUAUUCAGAUGGACUGAGUCCCCUAGAUAUUUGAUGAUAAAGUUAGCCACAAAGUCCUAGACUUUUAUUUGAGAAAUUAAAAUUUGAAAGCUUUUAAAGCUUGCUAAAUUAAUUAAUUUACAAUUCAAAAAAUGUGUCACAAAGAAAAAAAUGCAAAAUUAUAAUUACAUUGUAACCACUGAUUUCAUUCUGACUUCUUAUAUAAAGUUCAAGCAUUUGUGGGGAGAAAAGUUUUUUUCCAGCUUCUGGAGGGGUGGAAGGAGUUAGUCUGUUGUGCCAAGAUAGUGCUAAGAGUCUCUGGACAGUUAUAUACUCUGAAUUAAAAUGCCAAAAUGCAGCAAAAUAUUCUGGCAAAAAGUUACAACUUUGGUCAUUUGAAACUUGACCUUUUGGUUUGGUAUAAUGUUAAACCUCUAAGGAGGUGUUAGUUUCUCUGGAGUAUAUAAUUAGUGUUGACUUUUCCUAUAAAGCAAAACAGUUAUGGCUUAGACUUCAUUGUUGUCUCAUACUUCUUGUGUUACUUAUUGGUUUAUGCUAGCCAUGGAAAACUAACAGUUUCAUGCUUAUACCAAAGAAUUAAAUCUGAUCCUUAAUAUCUGAUGUUUUGACAGUACUUCUACUGAUAAGGGAUUACUGGAAGCCAGUCACAGAAUUUGAAAAUAAGCUCUAGUCUCUCUUUAGCUAUUUGAUGCUUUUCAUAAAGGCCAGGGAUUUGAGGCAAAGCAUUUUUGCAAAUAUGGAUGCUUGUAUUUAAUCCAGGGACAAUACAUUUUGGAUUGGUUUAGAAUUACUGGUUACCUAAUUUAAAGCAAAGGAAAAACAACUGAGCAUGAGUUUGCUAUCUUUAGAACAGUUUGUGAAAAUACAGUAUAAAAAGAUUUUUCAUUUUCCUGUUAUUUUAAAUACUGUAUCGAGCUAUUAUUGAUGCCAUUUUGGGGGAAAUGUUAAAAAUUGCUCCAGAUAUUGAGCAUAAAGUAUAUCAAAUAACAGUGUCUUUGGAAUAUUAAACUUUUGCUCUUCACUCAUCUGUAAUUUAAUUUUCCUUAUAAGUAUAAAAUUUUGCCUUUGGUACAAUUAAAAAUUGAGUGCUAACAUGUUGUAUAUAAGCAAAACAAUAUGCUUUGUUGGAGGAAAAUUUCCCUUGGAAUGUGGUUGUAGUCAUCCUUGUUGAUUUAAUUUUUUUAAAACAGGAUGCAACUUAAAAUUUCCUUUGCAUCAAGGUGUAUGCUAAACAUUGAUGCAGUGCAUCACAAAAUGAAAGUUUGUAUUUAAUGAGGAGGUGCUUUACACUGUACUUUUUGGUGUUUUUUGAAAAGUUACAUUUAGAUCUAUUCUGAAGCUGUUCAUUUUUAACAAAUAAAAUGUUACAGGUUUCACAUGA